AUGAUCCACAAUGAUCCUGACUUACCAACCAUACAAAAAUUACAUUAUCUAAAGGGCUGUGUCACCGGUGAUGCAGCCAACAUAAUCUCGUCCCUUGAAACAUCAACCGAAAAUUACAAGGUAGCUUGGGAUCUCCUAAAAAAUCGCUAUCAUAAUAAAAAAUUCAUCAUUGACAGUCACGUAAAAUCACUUUUCGAAAUACCGUGCAUGUUCAAAGACUUUUCAAUCCGCGCGUUGUACGAUAAAAUUCAAAAGCACAUUCGAGCACUUCGCGCAUUAUCAGUCGAAGUAGAUAAGUGGGAUUCCAUAAUUAUCCACCUGAUCAAAGGGAAAUUAAGCAAUUACAUAAUUGAAAAAUGGGAAGAGUCUAACAGCAAUGAAGACUUACCCACCUUGCAAAUCAUAUUAGAUUUCUUAGAGCGUCGCUCCCAAAUUGAGGAGCCAAGGGCAGCUAUUAAUCAAACACAAAAUCAAAAGGCUUUAAAUCCAAAAUGCAAUACCAAUUCACGUCAGGGUUCGCGUUCACAAUUUCAUUUUACAGGUGCUACCACAGCAUCGCCCGCGAGUUCAAAUAGCUCUCAGACAAAUAACAAUGCCUUCAAAAUAUCAUGUUAUGUUUGUAAAGGUGAACAUGGGGUUUACGCUUGUAGUCAAUUUUUAAACUUGUCACCCAAAGAGCGGUACGAAGCAGCAAAAAGAAUUUCUUUAUGCCCUAACUGCCUUCGCGGGAAUCAUCAUUUAAAAAAUUGUGUAUCGAGUGGGUGCCGAAAAUGUGGAAAGAGAUACAAUUCUCUCUUACACUUUGAGAAUCCCAGAUCUGAUAACCGUUCAAAUCCAAGUGCAUCACAACCACAUCAACCUGAUAAUUCAAAACACCCAAAUCCUGCACCUGUUUCUAGUUACCAGCUCGUGAUUCCUUCUCAAGUGGUUUUGGCCACGGCCGUUGUCGAAGUCCUCGAAAGUCAAGGGAAUUCAUACCCAUGCCGCAUAAUGUUAGAUGGAGGUUCUCAACCUCACAUUAUCACUGAACGCUUAGCAAACAAAUUACGUUUAAAAAGAACCCUAGUCGAUAUUCCUCUUGGAGCAAUUGAUAAUCUCUCCACCACAGUCAAGCAUACGACAAAUGUCACAAUCAAGUCUCGUUAUACAAAUUUACUAUGUUAUCUGUCACUUUUCAUUGUUCAAACGAUCGGUACUACAAUGCCUUCAAUUCCAAUUAACCGAAACUCCAUUUCAACCCCACACAAUCUCUUUUUAGCCGAUCCAGAUUUUCACAUUUCAGCCGAAAUAGACAUGAUUCUGGGUGCUCAAUACUUUUAUCAUUUCUUGCGAACUGGAAAAAUUUCAAUUGUAGAUCACCCAGCCGUUUUUCAAGAAACGGAGUUCGGUUGGGUAGUAGCAGGAAUUUUCAACCACAAACGCGUAAAAGAAAGCAAAAUCUAUUGCAAUUAUACAAACUUCUCUGACUUGUCUCUUUUGUGGGAAUUAAAUUCACCUACUUCAACUUCGUCGCGCUCGAAAGAAGAGAAAGCUUGCGAAAUGCAUUACACAAAAACCACACAUCGCAAUAAAUCAGGUCGUUAUACUGUUCAACUACCAUUUAAUAACAAAAUUUUCGAUCUAGGAGAAUCACGCCGUUCAGCUCUCAUUAGAUUUCAGUCUCUCGAAAAUAAGUUUAAAAAAGAUCCAACACUCAGAGAACAAUACGUAAAAUGUAUUAAAAGUUAUUUAGAUGAGGGACACAAGACACCCUUAUUAAAUGAGACAGACAUGCAUCGCGGAUUUUAUCUUCCACACCACGCGGUCAUAGAAACUAAUAGUCUUACAACAAAAACGCGCGUCGUUUUUGAUGGAUCUUGCAAAUCCUCAACAGGAAUUUCACUUAAUGAUACGAUGAUGGUCGGUCCUACAAUACAGGACGAUCUUUUUUCAACAUUCACACGAUUCAGGACAUUUAGUUUUGCGCUUACAGCCGAUAUAGAACAAAUGUACCGGCAAAUUAAAUUGUACGAUGAUCACAGAUUUUUUCAAAAAAUUUUCUGGCAUGAGAAUUCCAGCAAGCCACUUAAGGUUUACACACUAAACACUGUUACUUUUGGCACCGCAUCCGCGUCUUUUCUUGCAGUACGCACUCUUCAGCAAUUAGCUGACGAUGAACGCGAAAAUUAUCCUCGAGCAGCAGCGAUUCUGAAACGUGAUUUUUAUGUAGAUGACCUGCUGACAGGUGCGAGCACAUUUGAAGAAGCUCUCUCUCUUCGAGACAAUUUAAUCGAGCUCCUACACAAGGGAGGAUUCAACCUCCGAAAAUGGGGAUCGAAUGAUCCCAAACUCACUGUCAAUUUUAAAAAUGAUUCUCGUGACACACACAUGUCGUUAGAUCCCACGGAGGCUGUUAAGACUCUAGAUUCAACAAUCACACUACACUGGAUUAAUACUCCAUCUCACACCUUAAAAACAUUUGUAGCUAACCGCGUAGCGGAGAUUCAAACUCAUUCAAAUCCAUGUGAUUGGAAACACGUCCUAACACAUGAUAAUCCAGCAGAUUUAGUUUCUCGCGGGCAAACAGCUCAUGAAUUUCUCAAUGCUGAUAUUUGGCAGCGUGGGCCAAGUUGGCUCUCUCAAAAUGACGAUAAAUGGCCUCAAUUGAAACUUCACACGGGUGAAGUUCCUGAGCUUAGAAAAAUUCCAGAGGUCGUCUCUUUCAAACUAGCAAUUCAAGAUUUAAGCAUUUUAGAAAAAUACUCAUCACUCAAAACACUCAAGGGCGUACUCGCAUAUUGCUUAAGAUUUAUUCAUAACUCACGAAAUAAAAAUAGAAUUACAGGCCCUUUAUCCCAAGCUGAACUUGAAACUUCCGAGCUUAAAAUCAUUCAGUUAACACAAUCGUAUGCAUUUUCAAAGGAAAUUUGCGAUCUUUCACGCAACAAACAAGUAGAUAAAAAAAGUGGUUUGCUUUCUUUAAAUCCAUUUCUUGACCAAGGAAUUCUCAAGGUCGGAGGGAGGCUCGAGUACGCUCAAAUUUCCGAAAAUCAAAAACACCCGAUUGUCCAUCCAAAAAAUCACCACAUUACGAGACUGAUAAUUCGCGAAGAACAUGUCCAAAAAAUGCAUGCAGGUACUCAAACUAACUUGUAUGGAGUCCGCGAGAAAUAUUGGCCAAUUGAUGGUCGAAAUGUUACAUGA